GCUUUCCAGUUCAAAAACCUAAUCGAUAAAAUCAGGUCAAGAGGAGAAGGGAGAAGCAGAAAUUUGCCGGUCUCGAGCAGAAGAAAAUGGCGGAACACUUGGCUUCAAUUUUCGGAACGGAGAAGGAUAGGGUUAACUGUCCCUUUUACUUCAAGAUCGGAGCCUGCAGACAUGGAGAUCGGUGCUCCAGGCUUCACACUAAGCCCAGCAUCAGCCCCACACUUCUCCUCUCUAAUAUGUACCAGAGACCUGACAUGAUCACCCCCGGUGUCGACCCUCAGGGCCAAGCCCUUGAUCCCCGCAAGGUCCAAGAUCACUUCGAGGACUUUUAUGAAGAUCUAUUCGAGGAGCUUAGCAAAUACGGGGAUCUUGAAAGCUUGAAUAUCUGUGAUAAUUUGGCGGACCAUAUGGUCGGCAAUGUCUACGUUCAGUUUAGAGAAGAAGAACAAGCUGCAAACGCGCUUCAGAAUCUUAAUGGACGCUUUUAUGCAGGCCGACCCAUCAUUGUUGACUUUUCUCCUGUGACGGAUUUUCGAGAAGCUACUUGUAGGCAAUAUGAGGAAAAUGUAUGUAAUCGUGGUGGUUAUUGCAACUUUAUGCAUCUGAAGAAGAUAAGCAGAGAGUUGAGACGACGUUUAUUUGGGAGGAGCAGGCGCAGGCGUAGCCGAAGCCGGAGUCAAAGUCGAAGCCCCCAUAGGCAUCAUGGAUAUGAUGACCGUCCACACGGUGGUCGUGGACGAGGACCUGGUAGAAGAGAUGGAGACAAGGACCCCCGGUACCAUGAUAGAAGCAGGAGGCCUAGAAGCCGUAGCCCUAGGCAUAGAGGGGGACGGAGUAGGAGCCCUGGAGGGAGGAGGAAUAGAAGUCCGGUUAGGGAAAGUAGUGCUGAAAGAAGGGCUAAGAUCGAACAAUGGAACAGGGACCGGGAAAAGGUAGAUAACGUUAGUCAUCAGGAUGUCAAGGAUGAUGGUGGAAGCAAUGGCCUUGUACAAGAUGAAGAUGAAUUUGAUCCUUCUAAGCAGUAUUAGAGAAAAUGGUGGACGCUGUUGCUUGCCUGAAAGAAACAUUACUGGUGGAGGACAGGUUCACUGUCACGUGUUAUUGAAUGUGAAUUCCAGUUUUGUUAACCUUCUCCUUCACCCUAAAAAAGAAAAUAAAUAGAAAAGAAAUAGUCGUUAGUGACUAACCCUUUGGCAAAUUCUACAAUUAUCCAUACGAUUGUUAAAUCGGUCACAGCCAUUCAUAUUCAAUGUCCUUUUUGUCUUGUCAUUGUUCCUCGGUUGUAAACUCUACCCAUGUUCACCGUAGUCACAAGUGCAUUUGCCCCAUGUUUAUGGUAAUUACGGGAUAAAAUAAAACCUGAUAUCAGCUAAAAUUAGGACGUGUAUAUGUAGAGCUUAACCUGCACAAGUCUUGAGGAAAGGUCUUUUACAAACCUUUCCCUUCAUUUCCUUUGUUUUCUUUAGAACCUUCCUGUAGAUCACCUUUACAGUGAAGAGGAAUAUCAAAAUGUUAGAACCAAUCUUCCUGGUCACCACUUUCUUAAUUAUUCAGGUGAUUCUACGAAAAGAUACGUCUGUACACAUAAAAUUAUUCUCUAUCCUUCUAAAUUGAUUCGUCCAAAUGGUGUGUCCUCAAGUCUGUUAUCUUAAGUUCUGAUCAACUUUUUUAAUCUAGUAUUUUCUCAAAAUUUUCAACUAGUUUUAGACAGAUUCAUUAAUGAAGCAGAAGUCAAGCUUGUUGUCGGUCUAAUUGAAUGUUAAUGUUCCUGUCCAUGCUCUCUUCUUACCAGGAAAAAUGAAAUUAGAAGCCCUUGUGGUUAUGGAAUUCUAUAACUCGUAUAUUGGAAUAUUCUUUUAUAUUUCUUACAUAUGUUGCGAGUUUUGCAGGUUCAGGUUUUCCUGCUUGCCCAAAUACUUCUUAGGCAGCUUACCAUCGUAUUCAUAAUACAGGUUUGGCUGUUGUCUGGAGGAUUUGCAGGGAUUUGAUGUGAUGUUUCGUUGGAAACAUGAAGGAAGCUUCUCUCUACAUCUUCUUCUGUAAUGCUGAAAAAUGUCUUUCCUGGUUAGAUUGAUUUUCCCUAUUCAACAAUCGAGUAAGUUUAAGGAUUUCUGAGACAGAAGUAUGUGUAAUGUCGCUUAUCUUGCAUUAUUGUAUUGACCUUUUCAGAGAUAAAUGUUAUGGAGCUGCCAUUCAAAGUAGUUUAGUUUGCUUUGCUUGGCUUGAUAUUUUAGACUUCUCAUUUUGCUUGUAUUGUCAUUGACUCGAGUCUGAGCUCUAAUGUAAUGUUUUAUUUUGGAUGGGACAUAUCAAUUCACUUUUACCUUGACUUUA